UUCAAAGUCACACCACAAAGUCUCUUAAUGAUUACCAAAAUUUGUACAAAUAUAAAUCUCUGUUGGCCACCGGAAUCUGAUCUUACACCUUUCAAAUUAAUCGUUUUAGACUGUCUCACUUUUAUUUGUUUAAUAUCAACCCUUUUAUUGCUUUUUCCUUUGUGGUACUCUGUCUACAAAGAUUGGGAUGAUCCACUUAUUAUGUCGAAGUCACUUAGUGUUUCCUGUGGAGUGGCUCUCGCUUCAGCGAAAAUUGUAAUAUGCAGGAUUCAUCGUCAUCGACUACAGCUUUUGCUCCGUGAAAUGAUGAACUUUUUGCGAAAACCCAAUGAACAAGAAAGAAAUUUGAUGCAGCACUAUGUAGACAAACAUGCAACGCUACAUAUAUUGAUGUCAUUUUGCUGUCACAUGGCUGCAAUAUUAGUCAUUAUUGGUCCAUUCAUAUUAUCGAUACCUCUGCCAACAGAUGCAAAAUAUUUUUUUUCACUAGAUUCAAAAGUAGCCAGAUUAAUAGUUUUUGUGCACCAAAGUUUGGUGGGUUUUCAAGUUUCAUCUGGAAUGGCCCUUGAUUGUUUACCCGCCAGUCUUCUUUGGUUCAGCGUUGUGAGAUUCAAACUUUUGGCCAAUGAUUUUCGAAAUAUUCGCAGCAAAAUUGAUUUCGAAAGGUGCAUUCACAACCAUCAACAUUUAUUGAGCUAUGGACAUGAAGUGAGUCUAGCAUUUCGUUUCCUGAUCUUCACAACUGUAGGUACACUGACUAUUGCAGUCGUGUUUGCCGGGAUUCAUGUAUUUUCUUCAGAGCCAAUGGUUAGCAAAGCACAAUACAUCGCUAUCGCAUGGAGUGGCGGUGCACUGCUAUUCUUAACAGCUUGGCCAGCUGAAGUUCUUAUUGAAUCGUGUAAUGAAAUUGGAGACUCAAUACUUUACUCCUCAUGGAUUGGCUCAUCACCGAAAUUAUUAAAAUUUGGUGUCAAUAUUAUUCAAAUAUCUCAAAAGCCAAUUAUUAUUCACGUUCCUGGAUUUCUUCCCAUCUUAUCUUUACGGUACUAUAGUGAAUUUUUAUCUAAAGUGUUUUCGUACUUCGCAACUGUAAGAAUGUUAGUGAAAUAAAUCUGGAAAAUGAAGGAAUUACGGUUGAAUGCAAUGUGACGAAUCAUACCAAGAAGUUUA